AUGGCGUCUUCAAGUCCCCCAUCUCGGGUGCUCUUCCUCACUCUUCCCGGCCCGCCCCUCCGGGAUCCGGCUGCGCGAGAAAGGGGCUCGGAAGACCCCUGCCGCCGGGCGCCCACCAGAGGGGAGCCGCGCCGCCCCAACAAGGGGCGCCGUGGGUGGGUGCUACAGAGAAGUUUGGAUCAAUUCCGAAAAACAGAGAGACACAGAGAUAAAAGAGCAAGAACGGGGGGGAAAAAAGAGAGGCAAAAGAACAGAACUCACUCAGGCAUGGGCGUUGGGGGCGGCAGUGGCUGUCGAGCGCGGGCCGGAGACCAGGCACGGCUCCCCGGGCGGGCGCGCCGGCGUCGGACUUCCGAGGCGGCGGCUUCUGCUCUUGUGCCGCCGCCGCCGCCGGAGCUGCGGCUGCCGCGGAAGUUAAUUGGGCCGGCGGGAGCUGCUCUCGGCUCGGCGGCCGCCGCGCCCGCAGUCUGGAGGCGCACCGGAGCGGCCGGGGCGCCCCCCGCGGGAGCCCGCAGCCACCGGGGCGCGCAUCCAGCCGCGGCUCCUCGGCCGGGCACGCUGCGCCCGGGGGCUCGGCGGACCCCGCGCCGCCGCCGCUUCGGAGCUUGUGCGGCGCGGGCUGGCCGGCGGGGCGGCGAGGGCCCAACCGGCCUCCCCAGCGCCCGCCCCGGCUUCUCCCCCUGGCGGUGGAGCCUCGGCGGCCGCCGGCACCAGCAGGCGCGCUGGAGCCCGAGCCGAGCCGAGCCCGAGCCGCCGCCGCCGCCGCGCGCCGCUCCCAGGCUCCCUCCCAGCGCGCCGGCCGGGGCGUGGGGGGCGGCGGGCCGAGGGGCGAUGGCGGGUGGGGGGCGCGCCCUGGGGCUGGCGCCGAAGACCGGACCCUCCUCUGCCAGGGAUGAGAAAACUGGAACACUGACAGAUCAAGUAUCUUUCUCAAGAUUGCAUAGCCAAUGAGUAGAGGAGCAAGGAUUUGAACCAGGCUGUUGGCUCCACAGCCUACGCUUGAACCUGCUCUAGGCUGUCGGAAGCAACCUAAAUAGCUAACAACUGGAGAUUUGCUAAGGUGUUGCGGGCCUCUGCUCUCGUAAUACUUCAGCUACAGAACCCACGUGUGAACGCUCCUAGCGCUCUGGAGAAGAUCAAAUGCAUGUGGAAGCUCUUUGAAAACCAUAAAGCCCUCUAAAUGAAAAGGUUGCAGCCAUGCUCCCUUGCACGUUUUUUUGCGGAGGAAGAUUAGCCCUGAACUAACAUCUGUGUGCAUCUUGCUGUACUUUAUAUGUG